CCCUUCACCGAAGGACCUUGGUCCCAAGCUUUUGUUUAUUUUUCCGGAUACAUGGGAAAUGUAAAAGAUUUAAACCUAAUAACUAUUGUCAUGCAUAAUAAUCAGAUAUACAUCAGGCAAGAAUGGAAAGAAUACAAAACCUGGCAACUUCAAGGGGUAAUGGGGGAGAAAAUUAGCAUAGGAUGCCGAAUGGUUAACAAAACUGCUUAUAGUAAGGCAACCUCAAUCAGUGUUCAAAUAGGUCAAACAGACAAGCAGGAGAGAGUCUGCACGCACCCAAGCGUACAGGAUUGUUGGCACAAUUUUACACUAACACAGACUGCAGAAGUGGUUUGUUUAUGGGGAAAAAACACCGAAGGGCUUUCUUUUAAGUUUAUAAUAAAUGCUGUAGCCCAAUCUACUACGGUUUAUACCACCACCACUACCACCACUCGAGCCCAGCCACCAGUUAUGCUUACCCCGAAAAUUUUUGAAGUUGGACCAUAUAUAAUCAGGAAAACUGGCCAACAACAGAUAUUAUUUAAUCCGGCAUGGUCUCUUAAACAAGUCAAAUUGCUGAUGCAAAACAAUGUCUCAGAAAUACAACCAGCUUGUUCACCCUUUUUGCAAACCUCUUUUCAGGGUUGGACAACCUGGCUGCGACAGUGGAACCCUCCUAAAAACCGGGUGCAAAGAGACAUAACUGGUGUCGUGGGAACGGGACUGGGAAUCCUAAAUAGUAUUGAUUCAGAAGUAUUAAUGAAUAAAUUGGCCUCCACGACUAAAGAUUUAACCAAAAUACAGCAGCCACUGCAAUCGUCCUUAUCGGCCUUGGGAACACAUCAGUGGUUGCUAUCAAACAUUCUACCAAAUUGGGAAAAGAUAAAUGUAAAUGAUAGCAAAUUGAUAAUUGAUGCACUUAAUGCCACACAAAGCAACGUUUCCUUAGCUCUUAGCUGUAUCCAGGCUCAAUUAUGGAUGCAGUCAGUUGCUGCCUCAAUUAUAAGAGAAGGUGAAGAAGGCACUUUUCCUACUGAAAUUAGGAAAAUAGUCUGGGACAGUGCCACUGACUUUGAAAGAGAUUUCCAAUCCUGGUGGAAUUUAGUGAAUUUUACCUAUGACCCUAACACAAACACAGCCACAGCAUUUGUGUUGACCAUAAGUAAUGCCUCGGUGCAUUUGAUAUUCCCUAUCAUUGCACUAGGAUUAAAUCAUGACGGAGCCACUUUCUAUCCUUCUGAACAUAGAGAAUGGGCCCGUCAAAUUAAUGACAAAUGGCAAACUGUCAAUUUAGAGUCCUGUACUAUCCGAGAACAACUAGGGUUUAUCUGUGAAGGUAAUGCAAUUAUAGCUCAAGAUAUCUGUUUAGACACAGAACAAAAUAUCUGUCAUUUUGACAUUCAUCCUAACGAGACUUCUGAAACAGUCCUUGUACAUACAGGCAAUGGGUGUGCCUGCUUUGGAACCACUUGUGAUACUGUGUUUAUAGAAAGUACAGUAGUAGAUACUAAAAAUCAUUCAAAUUUUUGUGCUUGCAACUUUACUAAAAUUGCAGGAUGUGAUUUUUCUUUUGUAGCUCCAGUUACCUUACAUGAACUUUUAGAAUCCAAUCUCACGUUGAUUCACAAGCUAUUGCCUACUCCCAUUGGGAUGAACCUUACUUUGGUAAAGCAACUAUUACUUCAUCAAGAUCUAAUAGAGAUCCUAGGAAAAAUCAAGGAGAAUGGACAGAAAACUCUGUUUUUCUGUUUUCUCUUUCCUUUCCUUUUUCUCUUCUCUUUUCCCUGGGAUUGCUGCCAACACUUGACGAGUCCUGAAGACUCCACGACGACACCAUGGAACCCUGCUGAUGAAGAUCUUUCGAGGGCAAUCGUCAGUCACGGGGUGGUGUAAGAGCCCGUCUGAAGCCCCUCAUUUUCCAUUCUGCCUUCCGAUUGCCACGAGAAAGAAUCCCUUCCCCCACUGCAGUUCCGGCUUAGAACAGGACACAGCGCAGGUGCAACCACUGAACCGUCACGCUGGCUGUUCCGAACAAGGGCUGGCAAGAACUUGGCAAGGAGUUGGCAAGGACUUGGCAAAGACCUGACAUGGACCCAGCUCGGGACAGCCUGAUGCGCGGCCUGCUUCUAAUCUCUGAUCUUAAGCCACUGAAGGCUGGCAGUGAAAUGU